UUUUUUAACCUAAUUAGCAAAAUUACCAUUUGUUACAAAGAAUCACACAGACACACACAAUUAAACAAGGCGGCAAUAGUAAGAAAGCAACAAAUGAAAAUCAUGAAAAAGUAAAAGUAAAUACAGAAUUACAGAUCAUACUAAUCACAAACUUUAAAGGACUGGCAUCACAAAACAUUAAAAUUGUUUUUCUCAAAUACUGUCAAAGUUUUUGAAAACUUUAAAUUCCCUGAGAUUUAGAAUAUUUUCUUUAAUUUCACAGAUAAUCAGGUCUUCCCUUGAUCCCAUUUUAUUAGACUGAUCGAUCCUUGCAGUGUUACUGUAUUUGUCAUACGAAAGCUGCACUUAAGCCACACCAUUGACUGUAAAAACAAAAAAAAAUAUGAUUAAAAAAUCUUAUAUACAGUCAUUGAGCCACACGGUUGGUUUGAACCAUAGACUGUAUAAAUAAAAUUAUUUUAUAUACAGUCUAUGGUUUGAACACGGGAAGUGCGAUGUGCGCACAGUUACAACCUUGUCGGUAGAGGGCGCUCUAUAAAUUUCUCUUCAUACAAACUGCAAGUCGAGACGCCAUCUUUGUUUUGGGUUAACUACGUCACAACAUGACGAAACCAAUUUCUGUGUUGUGAUUGGUGGUCGGGCGUACUGUCAAAGGUCACAUUUAUUUGGCGCUUUUCACUCUCAGUCAGUCUGGCGCGUUUUUGAAUGGACUAUUUAUAUGAAGUAAAUAAAUACAGAUAUAUUAAAAAUUGGGACGUUUAUUACUUCCUAGUCCGUGAGCGUAACUCGGUGCACUUUUUCUUCUCAUAGAGCGGUAAACUGUUCGGAGCUCGCGCGGGAACUAUGAAGCUAUUAUUUACCGAAAUCUGCUAGCUUGUUGUUUUACAGUGAAACUUUUGACAAUGGACCGUUUUGGACCCGUACAACAUAAAGAUUAAACAACCUCACAGAUUCAACAAGUUGCGGGUUCGACAUUUGACGUCCUGUCAAAUUAUGGCUGGUGUUGUGGCUAUGGCCUCUGUUAUUGAGGACUUUGACACUCAGCCUUGCAAGAAGUCUCGCAAAGAUACUGGUGGUCCUGCCGCCAAACCGAUCACAAACUAUUUCUCUCCAGUGCCCAAGCCGGUGGAGAAACCCUUUUCUCCUCCUCGCUCCAAUAAUAUCAUGAGCUAUUUCUGUCGAAAAGUCCCCUCUUCUAAAGAGCAGACAUGCCCGCCUGAGCCGUCUUUAGAAAACUGUCAGAAGCCUCAAGCUGAAGAAAAGCAAAAAAAGUCAGAGGGAAAGAGACAGGGGUCUCAGAAACGAGGUAAAAAGACCGGGAGAGCUGCCCGGGAGCUCGUGACGGCUGAAAGUAUCAGCAAUGAUGUGGACUGCAUGACAGUUGAAAAAGCCCCAGAAAGCAAAGACUCUGCAGCAGAACUACAGUCAAAUGCUGUGGUUGAUGUGACUGAAAGUGAUCAGGUGCAAAAAAAAGAUUCAAAGUCAAAAUCAGCACUUCAGAUGUCUGAGUUGACCCCAAGAGAUGAAUCAAAGUCUGCUAAAACUUCACGAAAGCAAAGAAAAAAGAAGCAAAGUCCCUUAGAGCCGGAGAAAGAAGCAGAGUGUGAUGUUAGUGAGAAGGUCGGCAACGAUGACGCCUCGUGUGUUAAAGACAGCACAGUCAAAAUCUCAUUUGAGGAGUUUCUGCGCAGUCAAAGCAAGGAUGAAGACGACAAAAAUGAAGAUGAAGCUAUUCUAUCAGAAGAGAAGUCGACGGCCGAAGAGAUGGAUAUCCCCAAAGCUGAACAACAUGUGGAUUUUUUGGCAUCGCCUUUGCAGAUCUCACCUCGAACUGUCACCAUACAAGCAGAAGUUCAUGCAAUCUCACCCAACAGGGAAGAAGUUAAAACAGUUGGCAAAAUGGCAUCUAUCUUCACCCAGAAACGAAGGUCUAAUAGUCCUGUGGAGACCAGCAGAUCUCCUCCCACAGAUUUAGGACCCAAGCUUUCUUCUCCCGCUGUGAAGCUGAAAUCCAACGUGGUUCUUCAGGAGGAAGAUCUCGAGCUCUAUGUGCUUGAGAGUGAUUCCGCUCCAAAGUGCAGUGAAGCCGAGAGAAAACAGUUCAUGGCAGCUUUCAAGCAACCCAGCCUGGAUGGGCCCAAAAGUAAACCUGUCAAGAUCCAAGGUAAACAGAAAGACACCGCAGAGAAAACUGCUGAUGGUGAGGAUGUGAUCAUGCAGCCUACGAUCAAGGAAACCCCUCCAGAGAUCAAAGAAGCCACAAAGAAACGGACAAAAAAGGAAAGGAUUAAGGAGAAAAAAGACGAUUCCAACACUUCACCUGCAGACCCAGAUGUGACAGAAACUCCCCCAACGCCAGUUAUGAGGAGAUCCAAACGAGAGGCCGUCAUUAGACAAACAUCUCAGAGCACGCCAACAACUCCCGCAAGAAAAACAAGGAGACAGCAAGCUUCUAAUGAGGGCAUUACUCCUGCCAAAUCACAGGAAAGCCCUAUAAAGCUCGUGCCAUCCAAGACACGAAAGUCCAAACAUGGUGUGUUUGUGGCGGAGAUCAUAAGCCCACCAGAUACCAAGCAAAGUCCAAUCAGAAUUAAAUUUAGUAGAGUUCAUAAAAAUAAAUCUGCAUCAGAGGCUGAAACUGAAGUGGACAAAACCUCCUCUCAAAGAUCUAGAACAACCAAUGAGUCUCGCAAAAGAAAGCAGGCUAAGAAACUGGUGGAAAAAGCAAAACAAGUCAUUGAGCAAAACAAAAAGUCUGCCGUGAAACAGGAAACUGUGAGACGAUCGGGACGAAAUAAAGCCGUUUUUAAGGGGAACUACUGCGACGAUGAGGAUUCCAUCAUCUGCCUUGAGGACCAGAGCACUUCUUCCCAGAAUGCACCUGAAAAGAACAAACCGCCAAAAGCUUUACGAAGCCUGAAUGACGUUCUGGGAAAAGCUGCUGGAAAAGACGUCAAGACUGCACCAGGCUCCAAAUCUGCCUCUCUGAGUCAGGAGAAGUCUGCUCAGAGGCCCUCGGCAGUGAUUUCCAUAUUCGAUGACAGCAGUUGUGAAGGUUCUGAGAACUCCAAGGACGAUGGUCAGUUCAAGGCCCGCAGGGAGUUCCUGAAAAGCGGCUUGCCCGAGUCUUUUAAGAAACAGAUUGCCAAAACGGUGGCGUCCAAGGAAGCCUACUCUGUGUCCUGCUCCUCCUUUCAGCCGGUCACUCACACGACACAAACCCCAGACGAUUGUCCUCUUUGGAGUCUGCCGUGGCCCAAAUCUUCACUGCUGAGUCAUCUGAAGGACCUGUGGAGCCAAACGCCGACUCCACUCCCACCCAUCAGUGGCUCUCUUGGUGCAACGACAAAGUCAACCUGCAGAAGCGUCGCCCAAACCAGAUGGGAUUUGAGACCGGAGUUCUCGGAGAGUGUUCGUCAGCUGCUGGUGGAGGAGUUCAGGACGUCCAACCCUAACUUUCCUGCAGAGACGUGUAUGAAUCGUCUAAUGAAGAGACGUGCCGACCACCAACUGCUGUCCACACCUGCAGAACCCAAAGCUGGAGGUUCGAACACCCAACAGCCUGUUGGAGGAAAGAGAAAGAGGAGCAGCAAUGAAGGAGAAACGACAGGAAAAGUGGCAAAGAAGCAGAAGUGCAGCCAGGCUGAAGAUAACGUUUCCACAGCUGCUCCAGAGUCUCCACGGAGAGAAAGCCGGACUAGACGGUCUCAGAGGUCCAGGCUGCAGGAUGGAGAAGGGGUGAAGAAGAAGUCUUCCCUUAGACCUGCUCCCACCUCCAAAGAAGAUGAUUCUGUGGUUGUUAUAGAUGAUGUGAUUUUGGUUGAAGACACUAGAAAAAAAGAUCCGGCGGAGGACUUGCUGUGGACGGACAAAUAUCAGCCGCAGCUCUGCAGUGAAAUUAUAGACAACUCUGCCUCUGUGAAGAGGCUGCACAGUUGGCUAAAAGAAUGGAAAAUUCGCACAGACAGAGAGGAGAAGAAAAAUCAGAAAAGCAAUAAAGAAGAAGGCAGCAUUGAUUCAGACUGGGACGGUGCAGACGAGUACGGAGAGGACACAUUGUGUAACACGAUGCUCAUCGUAGGACCCACUGGUGUAGGGAAGACUGCUGCAGUCUAUGCUUGUGCCCAAGAGCUUGGCUUCAAGGUGUUUGAGGUGAAUGCUUCCUCUCAGCGCAGCGGCCGCCUCAUCCUGUCUCAACUGAAGGAGGCGACCCAGUCGCACCAGGUGGACAGUCAGGGACGCGGCCCACCCAAACCCUCCUACUUUAACAGCUACGGAACAAGCAGCGGUUCCGGCUCCCUCAGGCCCGGAUCCUCUCCACCUCCUCGCUCCAAUAAUAUCAUGAGCUAUUUCUGUCGAAAAGCCCCCUCUUCUAAAGAGCAGACAUGCCCGCCUGAGCCGUCUUUAGAAAACUGUCAGAAGCCUCAAGCUGAAGAAAAGCAAAAAAAGUCAGAGGGAAAGAGACAGGGGUCUCAGAAACGAGGUAAAAAGACCGGGAGAGCUGCCCGGGAGCUCGUGACAACUGAAAGUAUCAGCAAUGAUGUGGACUGCAUGACAGUUGAAAAAGCCCCAGAGAGCAAAGACUCUGCAGCAGAACUACAGUCAAAUGCUGUGGUUGAUGUGACUGAAAGUGAUCAGGUGCAGAAAAAGGAUUCAAAGUCAAAAUCAGCACUUCAAAUUUCUGAGUUGACCCCAAGAGAUGAAUCAAAGUCUUCUAAAACUUCACGAAAGCAAAGGAAAAAGAAGCAAAGUCCCUCAGAGCCGGAGAAAGAAGCAGAGUGUGAUGUUAGUGCGAAGGUUAGCGAUGAUGACACCUCGUGUGUUAAAGACAGCACAGUCAAAAUCUCAUUUGAGGAGUUUCUGCGCAGUCAAAGCAAGGAUGAAGACGACAAAAGUGAAGAUGAAGCUAUUCUAUCAGAAGAGAAGUUGACGGCCGAAGAGAUGGAUAUCCCCAAAGCUGAACAACAUGUGGAUUUUUUGGCAUCGCCUCUGCAGAUCUCACCUCGAACUGUCACCACACAAGCAGAAGUUCAUACAAUCUCACCUAACAGGGAAGAAGUUAAAACAGUUGGCAAAAUGGCAUCUAUCUUCACCCAGAAACGAAGGUCUAAUAGUCCUGUGGAGACCGGCAGAUCUCCUCCCACAGAUUCAGGACCCAAGCUUUCCUCUCCCACUGUGAAGCUGAAAUCCAACGUGGUUCUUCAGGAGGAAGAUCUCGAGCUCUAUGUACUUGAGAGUGAUUCCGCUCCAAAGUGCAGUGAAGCCGAGAGAAAACAGUUCAUGGCAGCUUUCAAGCAACCCAGCCUGGAUGGGCCCAAAAGUAAACCUGUCAAGAGCCAAGGUAAACAGAAAGACGCCGCAGAGAAAACUGCUGAUGCUGAGGAUGUGAUCAUACAGCCUACGGCCGAGGAAACCCCUCCAGAGAUCAAAGAAGCCACAAAGAAACGGACAAAAAAGGAAAGGAUUAAGGAGAAAAAAGAGGAUUCCAACACUUCACCUGCAGACCCAGAUGUGACAGAAACUCCCCCAACGCCAGUUAUGAGGAGAUCCAAACGUGAGGCCGUCAUUAGACAAACAUCUCAGAGCACGCCAACAACUCCCGCAAGAAAAACAAGGAGACAACAAGCUUCUAAUGAGGGCAUUACUCCUGUCAAAUCACAGGAAAGCCCUAUAAAGCUCGUGCCAUCCAAGACACGAAAGUCCAAACAUGGUGUGUUUGUGGCGGAGAUCAUAAGCCCACCAGAUACCAAGCAAAGUCCAAUCAGAAUUAAAUUUAGUAGAGUUCAUAAAAAUAAAUCUGCAUCAGAGGCUGAAACUGAAGUGGACAAAACCUCCUCUCAAAGAUCUAGAACGACCAAUGAGUCUCGCAAAAGAAAGCAGGCUAAGAAACUGGUGGAAAAAGCAAAACAAGUCAUUGAGCAAAACAAAAAGUCUGCCGUGAAACAGGAAACUGUGAGACGAUCGGGACGAAAUAAAGCCGUUUUUAAGGGGAACUACUGCGACGAUGAGGAUUCCAUCAUCUGCCUUGAGGACCAGAGCACUUCUUCCCAGGAUGCACCUGAAAAGAACAAACCGCCAAAAGCUUUACGAAGCCUAAAUGACGUUCUGGGAAAAGCUGCUGGAAAAGACGUCAAGACUGCACCAGGCUCCAAAUCUGCCUCUCUGGGUCAGGAGAAGUCUGCUCAGAGGCCCUCGGCAGUGAUUUCCAUAUUCGACGACAGCAGUUGUGAAGGUUCUGAGAACUCCAAAGAUGAUGGUCAGUUCAAGGCCCGCAGGGAGUUCCUGAAAAGCGGCUUGCCCGAGUCCUUUAAGAAACAGAUUGCCAAAACGGUGGCGUCCAAGGAAGCCUACUCUGCGUCCUGCUCCUCUUUUCAGCCGGUCACUCACACGACACAAACACCAGACGAUUGUCCUCUUUGGAGUCUACCAUGGCCCAAAUCAUCACUGCUGAGUCAUCUGAAGGACCUGUGGAGCCAAACGCCGAAUCCACUCCCACCUAUCAGUGGCUCUCUUGGUGUGACGACAAAGUCAACCUGCAGAAACCCCGCCCAAACCAGAUGGGAUUUGAGGCCGGAGUUCUCUGAGAGUGUUCGUCAGCUCCUGGUGGAGGAGUUCAGGACGUCCAACCCUAACUUUCCUGCAGAGACGUGUAUGAAUCGUCUAAUGAAGAGACGUGUCGACCACCAGCUGCUGUCCACACCUGCAGAACCCAAAGCUGGAAGUUCGAGCACCCAACAGCCUGUUGGAGGAAAGAGAAAGAGGAGCAGCAACGAAGGAGAAACAACAGGAAAAGUAGCAAAGAAGCAGAAGUGCAGCCAGUCUGAAGAUAACGUUUACACAGCUGCUCCAGAGUCUCCACGGAGAGAAAGCCGGACUAGACGGUCUCAGAGGUCCAGGCUGCAGGAUGGAGAAGAGGUGAAGAAGAAGUCUUCCCUUAAACCUGCUCCAAAGUCCAAAGAAGAUGAUUCUGUGGUUGUUAUAGAUGAUGUGAUUUUGGUUGAAGACACUAGAAAAAAAGAUCCAGCGGAGGACUUGCUGUGGACAGACAAAUAUCAGCCGCAGCUCUGCAGUGAAAUCAUAGACAACUCUGCAUCUGUGAAGAGGCUGCACAGUUGGCUAAAAGAAUGGAAAAUUCGCACAGACAGAGAGGAGAAGAAAAAUCAGAAAAGCAAUAAAGAAGAAGGCAGCAUUGGUGAGAAAUUUUUUAUCCUAAUUUUUAAAAAUUUGAAGUUCUUUUCAAUUAAUUUGUGUUUUUAAUCUCCAGAUUCAGACUGGGACGGUGCAGACGAGUACGGAGAGGACACAUUGUGUAACACGAUGCUCAUCGUUGGACCCACUGGUGUAGGGAAGACUGCUGCAGUCUAUGCUUGUGCCCAAGAACUUGGCUUCAAGGUGUUUGAGGUGAAUGCUUCCUCUCAGCGCAGCGGCCGCCUCAUCCUGUCUCAACUGAAGGAGGCGACUCAAUCGCACCAGGUGGACAGUCAGGGACUCGGCCCACCCAAACCCUCCUACUUUAACAGCUACGGAACAAGCAGCGGUUCCGGCUCCCUCAGGCCCGGAUCCUCUCCACGGAAGGGCAACUCUCCUCGGAGGGUGGCUUCUUCUCCCAGGAAAAAUCCUCAGUCACCAAGAGGAGCCAAAAAAGGAGGUCUGGCUCCAGUCUCUUUAGCAAACUUCUUUAAAGUGGGUAAACCCACCAACAAGGAUCCAUCCAUCUCCACAAAAGAUGAACAGAAAGCUGUCCCCAAGAAAGUUAUGAAAGCAACUGAGAGUGGAAGUAAGAAGAAAGAUAUCGCUGCCAAAUCCUCAUCAGAUUCUACCUCUGACAAUAAGAGCAGCGAAGAACGGAGCAAGAAGACCGCCACGUCGCUCAUCCUGUUUGAAGAAGUCAAUGUUAUUUUUGACGAUGAUUCAGGAUUUCUAGCCGCCAUCAAGACGUUCAUGAGUACGACCAAGAGGCCAGUCAUCCUCACUACCAGCGAUCCUGCGUUCAGCAGCAUCUUUGACGGCAGCUUUGAGGAGGUUCAUUUCAAACCGCCUUCAGUUAUGAACGUUGGCGGCUUCCUGCAGCUGCUGUGUUUGGCUGAAAACGUGCGGACAGACCCGGCAGACGUGAGAUCUCUGCUGAGGCUCAAUCGCUGCGACAUCCGGCAGAGUUUACUGCAGCUGCAGUUCUGGAGCAGCAGCGCUGAUGGACAGCUGUCAGCAGAGACACUGAAACACACCGACAGCAUCUCUAAAGAGAAGUUGGAACCCGGCUCGCCUGUCCCGUCUCUGCCCUUGUGUGAGAAAGGCUGCACCGAGAGCAAACUGGGCCUCCUGAACAUCAAACCUGACCAAGACUUUUGGAAACUUUUCAGGAGUCCGAUGACAGAGUCGGUAAACUGGGAAUUACUCAUGGAGAGCAAACAGCGAGGAGUUGAUCUGCUCUAUUCCAACCUGGAGAGUCUCCUGCCUCUUCCUCGAACUCAGCUGUCUACCUCUAAGCUCUUCAGACCCGAGCUCCCUGAUUCUCUUCCACAAGAGCCUCCGUUUGGACCAUCACUACAGCAGCCGCCACCCGUCUGUGACGGCCUGCCGCCCAGCGCCACCUCGGUGAACGAGUCAAAUGAGUCGGACUCUAACAGUCCAAUCAAAGUGUCCAGCAGAAUGAAGAAGAAUAAAAAGAGAUCUUUAAACGACCAGGACAGACUGGAGUCCGAGUCAGACUCAGAAGAUGGAUUUGUGUCCCUCCGUGAGAAGCAAACCUCUAGUCCUGCAGUAGAGGCGGUGAAAGAGACGGUCGCUCUAGCUGUGGUGAAACGGAAGCCUUUAACUCCAGAGGAGCGAAUCAAAAGUGCUCCAGUCUCACAAUGUCUUCAGUCGAUGGCUGACUUCAUGGACAACAUGUCCUACAUGGAUUCCUUCCUCUGUUACCCAGACGGGGGUGACAUUUGCAGAAGAACGCCACCAGGUGGCGCAGUCAUCAAGGACGGAAUGACAGACGAGUCGAGGGUUGAGACAGAGAGAGAGAGAUGGAUUAUGGGAAGCCGUACUUUGGAGAUCCAGGCGGCUGUAGAGGGUUUGAGCUUCCAUAAGUGUCGGGAGUCGGCGGCAGACGCCUGGGACAAAGUUCAGCAGCUGGGGGGGGAGCUUGAGAAGGAGGCCACGGCUGAAGUCACCCUGCCGCUGGCUUCUCAUCGGGAAGGUUGGACUUUCACUCAGGAGAGCCACUGUCAACCACAGCUGGUCCAGCAGAGAAACGAGCUGAUGGGGAGUCUGAUGUUUGGAGGGCAGUUUGGCACUCAGGGCAACAGACAAGCAGCUGCUCUGGAUUAUUUGCCGGUCAUUCGCACCAUCUGCAGAUCCGAACAGCUGAAGGAGCAAGGCAAAGUGAAGCGGAGAUUCCUGCACUAUCUGGAUGCAAUCCACCUGGGUCUCGAUAAGGGAACUCUACUGUCUCUUGCAGAAGAUUUCCCAUAAUCCACUAUAAUCAUCUUUCAAUCAUUGAGGCCCCUCUGUAUUUUGAAAGGAAAUUUAUACUGUUAAAUCACAUUAUUGUCGCCAAACUAACUGAAUCCUACUACAAAAAAUGCCCUGAGUUUAACAGCACACAGAAAAACCUGAUACCUGAUAUCUUAUGGUGCUUUAAAAGUUUUAUAUUUUACAAUGUCAAAAUUUUCUUAAUGUUUUAUAGUCACAUUUACUAUUGCAUUUUGUAAACUUUUCUCAAAUAGAAGGUUGUUUCCAUGAGCUAGUGUCACAUAUUUAUCAUUUGUGGGAGGUGACAUGUAAAAUAUAUAUUUUUUUUGUAUAAAGGUUUUUUUUUCUUGUAAAUUAUCUCCAAAUGUCGGCAGCUGUUGGUGCAUUUGUCGUCUCCCACUGGCAUAUUCACAAAUGUAUUAAAAUCAUUUUUAAUCAUCGAAUUUGUACAAAUUUACAUUUGGUUUUUUGAACCAAUAAAGGAUUUAAAAUUG